CCCUGGCUUAUCGCAAAAAUUGGGGUUAAGGGUUUAGGUUAUGUCACCUCUGACUUUUUCUAAUACGCUUGCUAAUUACUAUACGCUUUUAAAUGAACGGUCCUCAUUUUAGGUCUACGUUAAGUUUGCGUUGAUUUUUGUUUCCUUUAACGAUGGAUAGGGCAGCAUCGUUGAAAUGCAAAAUCGGGCCGUCUAUUUUGAACGCGGACCUAUCCCAGCUUUACGCGGAAUCGCAAAGGUUGCUGGACAGUGGGGCAGAUUACCUUCAUCUUGAUGUCAUGGAUGGUUCGUUCGUGCCAAACCUGACCUUUGGUCAUCCGGUGGUUAAGUGCCUGAGAAAGAGAAUUCCACAUGCCUUUUUUGAGACACACAUGAUGGUACAAGACCCGGAACAAUGGAUUGAACCCAUGGCAGAUGCAGGGGUGAGUCAGUACACUUUUCAUAUAGAACCUGUCCUCAAGAAUGUUAUGCCUAUUUGUCGCAAAAUCAGGGAAGCUGGUAUGAAAGUGGGUCUAGCUUUAAAACCUGCAACUGGUAUCGAUGCAGUAAGGCAAUUUAUUGACCAUGCUGAUAUGAUUCUGAUUAUGACUGUAGAGCCAGGAUUUGGAGGUCAGAAAUUUAUGACUGACAUGAUGCCAAAGGUGCAGUGGCUCAGGCACAACUACCCAUUGCUUGACAUAGAAGUUGAUGGUGGGGUAGGAUUAAAUACCAUCAAUGCCUGUGCAGAGGCUGGAGCGAAUAUGAUCGUAUCAGGAACCGCGAUAAUCAAUGCAUGCGACCAGAGGUCAGUAAUUGCAAGCCUGCGUGAGACUGUUGAAAGCUCAAUACACAAAUGUAAUGUUUAAGUCUGUACAACAAUGUGAUACGAAUUCAAUAUUUACACAUAAUAAAUGAAAGUUGUUAAAAAUUCAUUCCUAGCUAAGGUUGUUGUUACCGUGUUCGUUGACAAGUUUAUUAUUAAUGAGACUGUUUUGGAAUAUUGUAAUUGUUUUGUGGGCUAAUUUGGGUAAAUGAGCGAUAUUUUCGGUGAGGCCUAAUUUUCAAAAAACCUUAUGUAAAACUGUUUGGGGUUCAUUUCUCGCGCAAGAAAUCUUGUCCCGAAGUUUACUGGUAUAUAAGUUUCUACAACAUUACACUCUGUAUAAUAUUUUUAUUGAACAUUCCCCUGGAGGUGGUUUAAUAUAUUUUGAUAUAACUUUUGUUUUUUGAUAUCUUUAAAUUGUAAGUUGUAUUAAUAAGUGCAAUAAAUGAAUUGAAUCGGUAAAA